GCUGGGGAAGGGGGCGGGGCCUCCUUCCCUCUCCCCGGCCCUUUCCCGCGCCUGCGCAGUCAACGAGGAGCCGGCAUGGCAGAGUCCCAGUUGCAGCUCGUGGCCCGGCGGGUCCGGAGCUUCCCCGACUUCCCCAAGCCCGGCAUCCUAUUCCGGGACAUCACUCCUUUGCUAAAGGACCCAGAUGCCUUCAGGGCUUCUAUUGAACUUUUGGCCGAUCACUUAAAAGAAAAUCACAAGACGAAGAUUGAUUAUAUUGCUGGUUUGGAUGCUCGAGGUUUCCUGUUUGGUCCCUCUCUGGCCCAGAAGCUCGGGAUAGGGUUUGUGCUCAUUCGAAAGCAAGGGAAGCUUCCAGGGCCCACAGUGUCCUCCAGUUACUCCCUGGAAUAUGGCCAGGCACAGCUGGAGAUCCAGGAAGAUGCCCUAGAGCCCGGCCAGACGGUGGUGAUCGUGGACGACCUGAUGGCCACCGGAGGUACCAUGGGGGCAGCCUGCAAGCUGCUGCAGAGUCUGAAGGCCGAGGUGCUGGAGGGCCUGGCCGUGGUGGAGCUGAUGUCCCUGAAGGGGAGGGAGAAGCUGGCUCCUGUGCCCUUCUUCUCCCUGCUGCACUAUGACUGAGGCCAGGCUGCCGUCAGCACCUUCCCCACCAGCUGAGGCCACAGACAGGUUUUCAUUCACAGUCGGGAGAUCUGGACUUGGACCCGGGUUGCCAAGUGCCUCCCCCUGGACAGCUCUGCAGAUGGAAAUGCGAACCAGCUCAUCAUCUUGGGGGCACCUCCUCUUCAGACGAGCAGAGAGCUCCAGAGGGCCUGCCGUUCUCCCAUCUGUCCUACACGUGGCCACUCACCCCCCUCACCUGAGGAGGGCAGCAGGUGCCAUUUUGGCCCCUUUGUGCCCCACCACCAGCUGUGUGCCACUUGUCACUCCUGACUCCCCCCACCUCCCUGCUUGGAGGGUACAGAUCAGCUCCCAGAGAAGGGCUCUGCUUUCUAGAGGGCACACCUGGGCAGUGCCUCACCUGCUUCCACAGCCAAGGAUACUCUUCUCCCUUAAGUUGGUGCGAAUGGAAAGUUGCCUUUGUGGUUUAGAAUCUGGCAUACAGUUGAGUGGGUUAGUUUCCUGGCCAACCAACUCAAGUGUACUUGACAGGUAGCAGGCCUCUGACCUGUACUGGUCGUGUAACCUCAACCUCUCUGCCCCAGGUUGAGUGAUAUCUCUAGAGGAGAGUUCUUGACCCAGAUGGAGUAUGGUGGGGGCAUGGGCUGUGGGGCAUCAUCUCCGACUGUAAUACAGUAAAAGCCGUACUUACUUUCCAGA